AUGGCUUGUCAAACUGGAAUUAAACGUAAGUUAUGAAUCCCUUGAAGAGUUAAUUUUUAUUAUUUUGUAGCUGAUGCCGAGUUGAAGAAGUUCUUUGAAGAUUGCAAGAGGGAAAAGGUCAGGUUGGCCAAGUUUGUCAUCAAUAAAGGUAAGAAUUUUAAUGCUUUUUUUGAAUUUUAGGUAUUAACAAAAAAAAAAACGAAUUUUUGCCUCUAUAAUGAUCUGUAUAUUAUAAUACUGACUUCAAAAAAAUGGCUAGGCGUUUUGAGAGUUUAGAAAUUUAACACCUUUUUGUAUUGUACUUGUUGAUGUUUAACAUAUUUUAGAGAGAAUCGCAGUGAAUUUCCACACGGCUCCGUCGAAAGACUGGAAGAAGGACUGGUCGGCCAAUCUACCAAAUUGCGUUGACUCCUACGAGCCAUGUUUUAUCCUCUUCCGUGUGGAAUCGAACCACGAUUGGGUCCUGAUCAGGUAAAUACAUAUUUAUUAGUUCUUACCUUUAGAGUUUAGUUUCGCCGAUGACAAGGCCUCCAUCAAGGACAAAAUGCUGUUAGCUGCGACGAAGGCCACUUUUAAGAAUGAAUUUGGAGUCAGUUUUAUUAGACAUGACGUCCAGGUAUCCAACAAGAAUGAGUUGACCUUGGAUAAGAUUGAAAAGAAGUUGGCUGGCCCCAAGAUUGAAUCUGCCCCAGCUAACGCUCAUCCAGAUCUGCCUUACACUCAUAUCGAAAGGGAGUUGAGCACUGUAGCCAAGGACAAAAUUAAUUUACCUCAACCUCAGGGAUCCAAGGUAAGUCAGGUUUAAUUUAAUGUCAUUUUGUUUAGGCCUUAUUGCGCGGAGUCCAAUUUCCCGUCGACCAAGAUGCCAUUGAAUUGUUGAAGCAGUUUUCUGAGGGCAAUAUUGAUUUUGUUCAACUCUCAGUGGACACUUUGAAUGAGGCCAUUAAACUCGAAAGCCAUAAAAAUCAGCUCAAUCCAAGCGAAUUGAAUGCCAAUAUCUCCCGACAAAAGCCUCGGUACACAUUCUACAGGUUGAGGGAGGUCGAUGGAGAGCCAGUUUGUAAGGAUUUCUUUGAUUGACUUUAUUGUAGUUUAUAAAUGUUAUAUUACUGUAGAUGACAAUAUAAAAUUUUUCGUUUUUAGUCUUUAUCUACUCGGUUCCUCCAUCAGCAUCAUGCACUAUCAAAGAGUUGAUGCUUUUCUCGUCUUGCAAAGCCCCUUUUGUCAGCGAAGUUGAGAAUGUUUGCGGAGUCAAGGUGACAAAAAAGGUAAAUUAUUAUAUUUUUGAUGUCUUUAUAAUAUAAUGAGGUUUUACAAGGCAUUCCAGACCUUUUGAUGACUUGAUUUUUAGAUUGAAGUCGAUUCCCGAGAGAAGUUGGAUGCGGAUGCCCUCUCAUCUUAUGUUAGACCAGUCGUCCACACCGAAGCUGCCCCCGUUGUCCGGCCCCCAAGACCCGGAGGCGGUCCCCGAAGACUCCCUCCGAAGGUCGCUAAUUAA